ACAACGCACCCCGCCAGCCAGUGGCCCAUUAGCGACAUCAUAGUGAGCCGCGGAGUGAUCACGGCGAUCGCGACUCUCGCGCAGCGGGUUAUUUUUAUUCCGAGUGUUGCUCGAUCGCGGAGCAAAUCGCGGUUUUCUUUUCGAGCCGAAUAUUUUUUUCGGAAAAAGUUUUAUCAAGUUUUAAUACAACUUCCGGUGGUUUUGUUUAAACUUUUCCAAAAUGGCCAUCGAGCAGCUUGGCUAUAGUGUGUUCUUCAUCGUUUUGACCAGCGCGAUCGCGGCAAUUGCUCGACGAGUGAAUGAUAAAUUGUCCAAAGAAGGCCUAGUGAAGGAGCUCAUUUAUGAGGCCAUCGCCGCCGCGGAACUAUGUGGUUGCUGCUUCGAGCUGAUUAUCGUGGCCGAUAACUUUGGGGUGGCGACCUAUGCGGUGUUCCUGUUCACGCUGACCAUCUGGUGGGGUCUCCAAUGGGGCAACGCCACCGCUUGCCCGUACACGUAUAUGGAACAGAUCGUGCAAGGCGAAGUAAACUUCAAAGAAGCUGCCUUGAAGAUUUGGGCCCAGCUCAUGGGAGGAUGCUGUGUGUAUCGCUACGUACAGCUGUACUGGUGGUUCGAGCUGGCUGAGACCCACGAGGGUAGGGCAUUUGAAGAAUGUGCUGCCGAUUUGAAGGUCAACCUGUACUUGGGAGCAUUCAUCGAGGGAUUCGCCACGCUAUGCUGCCGCCUGGCAUCCAAGGUUAUCUCAGAAAAGGACGCCAAAUUUGGGGCGUUCAUCGAUUCCUUCAUCGGAACCAGCUUGGUCGUGGCCGCCUUCAACUACUCCGGUGGCUACUUUAAUCCGGUUUUGGCCACCGCACUGAAAUGGGGCUGCGCUGGAAACUCUGCUCUGGAGCACAUCAUUGUAUACUGGAUUGGAUCGUGUGCUGGAGCGGUACUGUCAGUGCCCCUGUUCAAAACCGCCACUUUCCGUAACAUGUUCCUGGCCGAUAAGGCGAAAACCGAAUAGAAAGCUUCGUAGUGCUUGGAAAGUGCUGCUAGGAAGGCAGCACUCUAAUAUCCGACUCAAAAUUAUUCUAGUCAGAGUAUGUCGAACUAUGUGGAUGAUCCAUAUUUAUUUAUUGUCGACUUAGUUUUUAUGUACUACUGCAUCCAUGGUAAUCAUCCUUAUUAGCGAUCAUUUUUAAUUCUGCGACGCGGCAUGAUGAGAUGGAUUAUUGUAAAGCAUGGCGAUGCCUACAUACGAAUCUUUUGAAAAGCCCAAUUUACAUCAUGACAACAUCAUGCAACCAAAAUAAUCAUUACUGCAUGACCUAUUGUCAGAUGUUACUGAUUUACGAAUUUCGAAUAAACAGAAA